AUGCGAUAUUUGAAGUUGGCCGAAGACCUUGAAGAUUUUGGUAAAUAUCCAUGGGGUGCUGUGUCUUAUGCGAAGACAAAUGCGUCACUGCUGAGGGCACUGUGUGCAGAUUACCAGCGAGUGAAAGGGCCGAAAAAAGCUUCGAAAACAAAAAAAUCUGAAAAGCAAGUAAAGACAACGGCAACCGGUAGACCAAGAGAGUACCACCUAAAGGGUUUUGCCUUUGCACUUCAGGGGAGAAACAUUCAAGGGAGGGGGUCAGGGGUAGAAGGGAAUUCAAGAAUAGAAAAUGGACAGAAGAUUUGGGCUUAUGAGGUAUUUCCAGCGUUGGCUGCACUACAUUUGGUGGUGCACGAACAUAAUGCCUACAUCCCUCGUAUACUACAUUGGAGGAGCAACACUUUGCCGCGUUUUUAUGAGCUCAUGAGCCAAGUCUUCGAAAACCGUGAGGUUGAUGUGCAACUUAUCCGGCCAUCUGUAAUUGACAAGCAGCAGGCGUAUUGGACUUGGGGUGACAGUGUUGACAACACUGAAGAACUUGUUGAGUUGGUUGGCGAUGACGCUGAACAAAAAACCAGCACGUCUGCCUCUGUAGAAGAAAAAGAUGAGGACAUUGAAGAAACUGCUAGCCUUCCGUCGUCUUCUAAGGCAAGCAUUACCUAUUUUCCAAUAUUCCAAUAUAUAUGUCAUAAUACAAUAGGAAAUGAACUGCUGGUAAAAUGUCAUUUACUCCAUGCUGAAAAGGCUGCCUAUUUAUUAAUCAACCUAGCUGAAUGGAAGACCAUGGAUCAUAACCUCACACCAAACCAAACGCUUUCAAUUACUGAAGGAGGGAAGAUUGAAACAGAAGGCAAGUCACCCAAUUCACUCACUGCAGACUUGGUCCAUGGCAUGCAGCAAUGUCGAGCCAAUACAAUGUUUUGGAAAAAUCUCCAUGCAGACAUAGUUUCAAAAAUUGUGGAGGGCCAAGCUAGAUGGGGUGUCAUAAAAAACCGCACAAUUCGCUCUCGUUAUCAUGCCCGCAUGCAUCUCCUACAUAUAAAGGCAAUGAAAGGAAAAAUUGAAAUUGCCCCUGCCACUGCAAUUAUGGUAUUCAAGGAAUCAGAAGAAAUGGCCAAGUUGAAGCAACAAGAAGUGGAAAGCGGAUUCGAACUAUUUCGUAAGUUUGCAAAAAUAGUGGAUCCGGCAGGAAACUGGGACAACAUGACUGUGGCCGGGGUCAUGAAUUUCAUGGGUCGUGGUCGCCGCACUUGA